AUGUCUAAAAUACCAAGCCAGCAGGUGGUCAUUGUCGGAAUCGACACAAAUGGGAAGAUGGGGAUCGAACAGCAAUCCGAUGUGCUAGAAAAAUGGUAUUAUCCAGCGGAGCGCACGUUGGACAACGGUGACAGCCUGAUCCACUUAUGCGAACAGACGGGCUUCAUCAUAGCUUCCACGUUUAAGAGGAAUCAUCGACGCCAUCAGCUCACGUGGCAGGGGCCAACCCUUUUAACUCCUGAAGAGCAGCGCAAGCGGAAGAUGAUGACUCUUAAGCUUCAGCUCGUCCUGGCGAGGAAUAUUCCUCAGUCAGAUGUCCGAAAAUCUAGAGCUGUUUGGGACGUCGCGUUCGACUCUGACCACCGUCUAGUUCUUCUCAGCUUCAAGAUACGGUUCCACAAGAGAAACCGAGGAGUUCCUCAUCAACCGAAAAUUGACAUGGCAGGUCUGAAAGACGAAGAAUGCAGAACGAAAUUACGCCAGAGUGUGUCUAUUCAUGUUGGAGUACGGACCAGAAAGAAGCUUAGCGAUGCGGAUUCCUCCACAAAGUGCAUCCAGGACGUUGCAACGGAAAAAGGUUCUAUUGCUGCGGAAGAAGUUUGCCUUUGCAUCUGCGGAAACAAAAUCCACGUGCAAUUCUGUAUGUGUCGUGCGCAGCACUGUUGA